GGCGUUCUCCCCCGCCCCCUCGGGCGCGCAGUGCAUUGUGGGUGAGAACGAGCGGAGCAGGUUUGGCGUUCCUAGCUAUGAAGCGGCUGUCCUGCUAGGCGCGGACGCGGAGACGUUUGAAUUAGCUUUAGCGGAAGAGAGAUGGAGGAGCCGUAGACUGUUAAGGAUGAAUUCAGGAAGGCCUGAGACCAUGGAGAACUUGCCUGCACUGUAUACUAUUUUUCAAGGAGAGGUUGCUAUGGUGACAGACUAUGGAGCUUUUAUCAAAAUCCCAGGCUGUCGGAAGCAAGGUCUGGUCCAUCGAACUCACAUGUCGUCCUGUCGAGUGGAUAAGCCUUCUGAGAUAGUAGAUGUUGGAGACAAAGUGUGGGUGAAGCUGAUUGGCCGAGAGAUGAAAAAUGAUAGAAUAAAAGUGUCCCUCUCCAUGAAAGUUGUCAACCAAGGAACUGGGAAAGACCUCGAUCCCAACAACGUUGUCAUUGAGCAAGAAGAGAGGCGCAGACGGUCCUUCCAGGAUUACACUGGGCAGAAGAUCACCCUUGAGGCUGUCCUGAACACGACCUGCAAGAAGUGUGGCUGCAAAGGCCACUUUGCCAAGGACUGUUUCAUGCAGCCAGGUGGAACCAAGUAUUCUCUGAUCCCUGAAGAGGAAGAGGAAAAAGAGGAGGCAAAAGCAGAAGGACUUGAGAAGCCUGAUCCCACAAAGAAUUCUUCCAGGAAGAGAAAGAAGGAAAAGAAGAAAAAGAAACAUAGAGACAGGAAGUCAUCUGACUGUGAUAGCUCUGACUCUGAGAGUGACACGGGCAAGAAGGCGAGGCAUUCAUCAAAAGACAGCAAGGCUACCAAGAAGAAAAAGAAGAAGAAGAAGCACAAGAAGAAGCACAAGGAAUGAGGAUGGAACAAGCUGCAGCAGCCCUGACUCCUGCAAAGACUCACUAGUGAGAGUGUGGCCUGCCUCCUACCCACUGACUUGUCCCCAUGGUCUCAGAUGGCUUCUCCUCCUGCAGCAAGCAGAUUGGGGCCCCGCAGGGCCCCUCCCAACAUGAUUUUCCCUUGUUGCUCCUGAUCCUUUGCAAGCGACCCCUGCAGCCAUUGCAUUCAUGCACUCAGUGUCUUCAUUCAGCAGAAGGUUCUAGUCCCAACCGGCUGCCACUGCCCGAGCUGGAUUCCUCUGCAGGAGUCCAUGCUGGAGCCACAGGUGCUGCUGUGGAGGGGAGCCUGGCCAUGAGAGAGAGAGAGCAGCCCCAACCUGCCUGCUGUCUGCGGUGGCUGUGGGUAGACUCUGCAGCCUCCAUCCCCUCAGCCAGGGCCUGUACUCCAGUGACUGCUGAACCAGAGAUUUGCAGCCAAGGUCAUUGCUCUGCUUCCUGUCUGUCAUGGUGUGAGUGACUGGUUCCAUUUCAAGCCUCUGCUUAAACUCCUGGCAUAAAUGGAAAUGUGUUUGGUUUUAAACUUUCCAAAAAGGCUUUAUUCCUAUAA